AUGAGCCAGAGGAAGAAGAGGAAGAAUCUAAAGGGAGCAAAGAGGAAACAAAUGAGGAUACUAACUAACAGUGAUAGUGAGGGAGGAGAAUUUGUGGUGGAGCAACAUCUAAACAGAGGCCGAGACCUACAUUUAUUCGGGGAUAACUCUGAUAAUGACGAAGAUGACAUAACCUUAGUUCAACUUCAGCUGCGGCAACACCAGUAUCAGCAACAAAACGAGUCACACCAGGUAACAUUUGCAAUAAGUUUAGAAGAGUUACAAAAAGCGAUAUAUUAUGACACUAAUUCCGCAACUCCUUCGAGGUCAUUUGAGCCAAGCAUAUGA